AUGACCACGGUCAAAGCCGUCGUGCGGCUGCGCUGCCCCGCGGGCGUGGCCAAGGCGGGCCCGGCCAUCGGCCAGGCCCUGGGCCCCCACGGCCUGAACAUGAUGGAGUUCGUCAAGGCCUUCAACGCCGCGACCCAGAAGCUCGAGCCGGACACGCCCAUCCCCGUCGUGCUCACGGCGUACACGAACCGGACCUUCAGUUUUGUGACGAAGACGCCGCCGACGACGUACCUCAUCCGGCAGGCGCUCGGGCUCGGCAAGGGCGCGCAGACGCCCGGGACGCAGACCGUCGGCGCCAUCACCCUGGACCAGAUCCGCGACAUCGCCGAGGUCAAGCACGUCGACAAGCACCUCGCGCACAUCCCCUUCGACGCGCUCUGCGAGUCCAUCAAGGGCACGGCGUUCUCCAUGGGCGUCGCCUUCGACGACGGCCUCGGCGCCGCCGACGACGACGACGACGACGACGACGACGAGUACGAGGACGACGACGACGAGGAAGCGAGGUAA